AUGAUUGGAAGCUCGUUGCGCCGUCAUGCGGUGUCGGCUAGGUAUGGUAGUAGCCGUGCUCUUGUACUGACCGCCAGACUCAUGCAAGUCAAGCCUUCCCCCACCCCGGCCCAACCUUCAAAGACACCAUUGGCUCCAAAAGUCGUUGUCAAGGUUCCAGAAACUCCUCAGCAGCCACCGAAGGAUGUAAAGGCCAAGGUCCAGGAAAACAAUGCGAACCCCAAGAACAAGAAGAAGUUCUCGUUCACGGGUUUCUUGUUCAAGACCUUCCUUGUUUCCUCCGCACUUUACGGAGCUACGUUGUACGCAGCCACUAAGAGUGACACUGUGAUGGAUUUUGUCAUUGACAAGCAAUUGCCUUACUACGAGGAGUUGAUCGAUAUCAUUGAGAAUGGCUCAGUGGAUGACUUGAAGAAAAAAUGGGAUUCAGUCUCCUCAAACGUCCAACUUCCCUCGAAGGAGAAGAUCGAGGAAAUCACCUAUAAGCUUGAGCAACAAGGUGAGCACUUGAUCGAGAAGACUAAGAAGAAAUUUGGAGGCUCGCAUCCACAGAGAGAAUCGGCCAAGGCAUCGGGAUACAUCACUCCUACCGAGCAAUUGCAAAGACCUGUCGAGAUUGAGACCGUGAGCAAUGUCACGGAGAAAUUGCCCCAGAUCACGUUGAAGGAGGGCCCCAAGAGUUUUGCCGAUGACACCGUCAAGGCGACCAUUCUGUCGUUUAACGAGUUAAUUAGUUUGAUCGAUGCCUCGUCCAUUGGACCUCAGAAAGAUGUCUUGAUCAAGUCCAUUAACGAGAACAUCAACAACUUGAGUGCCAAAUUGAGCUCGUUGAACUCGUCGUUCGAGGAGGAAUUGCAAGCCAAGUUGAAGAAAUCUCAGACAGAAUUGCUCUCGUCCUAUACCCAGAAGGAAUUGGAGUUAACCCAGAACUUGUUGGACCAAUACAACUACGAAAAAACCGAAUUGGACAAGAAGUACCUGGCUAAAUUGAGCAAGGAGGUGGAUGCUGCAAAGGAGGCUAUUUCACAAGCUGCAGUUAACGCUACUUCCAUGGUCAGAGUGGAGCAGACCAAGAGAUUUGAGAAGAUGGUGAAGGACAAGAUCGAUACGGAGAGAAACGGCCGUUUGCAGAACUUGGAGAACGUCAACUCCAGAUUGGAGGAGCUUGAGGCGUUUGCACUCUCAUUGGAGAACCAGAUCACUGCAUCGAGCUCCAAGACCUUAAUUCAGCGCUCGUUGUCCAAUGUCAAGUCUUUGUUGUUCAACACCAAAGAGGAAACACAAGCCAAGCUGUUCAAGCCAUACGUUCAGGAGUUGGAGAAGUCAUCAUCUAAAGCAGAUGACGAGGUGAUUUCGUUGGCACUUGCAGAGUUGAAGCCAUUGUUGAACGGCGAAAGCAGUCAGUCCAUAUUGACCAUCCCACAAUUGUUGACCGCAUGGGAACAGCUCACACCCGAGUUGAGAUCCGCAUCUUUAUUGCCUCCUAACGCCGGAUUGUUGGGUCACUUGGCAUCUGCGAUUUUCUCCAAGUUGUUGUUGCCAGUCAAGGGAGCCAAGCCACAAGGUAAGGACAUCGAGUCUGUGAUUGGCCGUGUGGAGCAGAGCUUGACCCGCGGCGAUUUGGACGUUGCAGUUGAGGAGGUGGCCAACUUGAAGGGCUGGACAAGAAAGUUGGCUGACGACUGGGUGAGAGAAGGUAGAAAGAGAUUAGAGGCCGAAUUCUUGGUGAGCUUGAUUGACACCGAGGCUAAGAUCUUGUAG